AGGAGUGGGGACGGGAGGAGCGCGCAUACCAACGCGGGCGCGCGCGCGUCCCUUUAAAGAGGGGCUAGGCGAAGGCGUCUCGGAGGACACCAAGAUGCCACCAAAAAGCAAAGGAAAGGGAUCAAGAGCUGGGGGACAGAAAAAGAAAAAGAAGAGUCCAGAUGCUGAAGCCAAGAUUAAACACAGGAGAACAGCCCCGGAGUUGGACAUCCUUCGUGACCAUCUGGCUCUUCAGCGGGAUGAGACUCGUCAGGCCAUUGCCUGCAGAGAACGCCUACGAGCAAGGCUGCAGGAGUUGGAGGCUGAGGCAGAGGGCGCUAGGGCUGAUGUCAAGGCUGUGUAUUCAGAGAUGAGUCGUCAGUACCAAGCCCUGAGGGAGGAGACUGAGACACAGAGCCAUCGGCUGAAAGAAGAAGUAAAGGUCCUUCGGAAAGAGCUGGAGACAUGCCAAAGAGAGGCAAAAACUGCUAAGGGAGAGGCUGAACAGGCAUUAGCAGAGCGAGACAAGACCCUUGCUCAGCUACAGGCCUAUGUGACAGAGAUGGAGGCUAAAUAUGAAGAAAUUCUACAUCGCAGCCUGGAUGGACUUUUGACCAAACUGACAACAGCCAAGCUGGAGUGGGAUGCAACGGCUCUGAGGCUCCAUGAGAGGCACAAAGAACAGCUUCAGCAAUUUGGGCUCAACCCCCUGGACCUCUGA